UAGGGUGGGUAGGUGGAUAGAUGGACGGACAGGUAGGAGGAUGGAGGGACAGGCAGAUAGGAGGUGGCCAGACCUCUGGUGUGUCCAUACUGGAUCAGGAGGUGCAAUCCCUGGAGGCCCAGCAGGAGGGUGGAUGUAUGGAUGAGCAACGCAGUGAUGCAAACCGCCCCCACACUGCUGGAAAAAAAAAAAAAAAAAAAAGCAAAGAGUACAAAAAAAAAAAAAAAGGAAAACAACCACUCCAAUCCCAGCACUGCCAGGGCAAGGUGCAUGCGAUUGGACCUUGCUCCCAGAGAACCAUGCUGGGUGUGCUGGUGGCAGCCGUGGCCGGGCUGCUGCUGCUGCUGCUGCUUCACGGCCGCUGGUUCCCCUUCCUCUGGGCUGACCUGGGAGCCUUUGUGACUUUGGUGGGCGCAAACCUGCGGUGCCGCUGGCGUUUGUCCCGCCGGCCUCCCAUCACCCUCCUGCAGGUUUUCCAAAGCCACGCUCGACGCCGACCCCAGCACCCCCUGCUGCUGUUCCAGGAUGAGGUUCACACCUUUGGUGACAUGGAACGGAGGAGCAACCGCGCUGCCCGCGCCUUCGCUCUGCACUUGGGCUUGCAGCCAGGCCAAACCGUGGCUGUUUUCCUCCCCAACGUGCCUUCCUAUGUCUGGACGUGGUUGGCACUGGCCAAGCUGGGCUGUGCCAUGGCCUGCCUCAACUGCAACUUGAAGGGCCGUGCGCUGCUGCAUGCACGGAGCGCUGCGCAGGCAGACAUUGUACUCAGCUGCAGUGAGCUCCAGGCUGUCGUGAAAGAAGUGCUGCCUGACCUGAAGCAGGAAGGCGUCCGUGUCUUCUAUCUGAACUCCACAUCACCCACACCUGGGGUUGAGGCUCUGCUGCCUGCCAUCGAGGCUGCCUCUGAUGAGCCAAUGCCUGACCACUACCGCACCAACACCACCACUAACUCCAAAGCCAUCUACAUCUACACCUCCGGCACCACUGGGCUGCCCAAAGCUGCAGUGAUCACAGAGAUGAAGGUGAUGAUGGUGGCCAACCUGGCACGGAUGUGUGGCCUACGAGAAAACGACAUCAUGUACACAACACUGCCGCUCUACCACUCAGCUGGGCUGCUCAUUGGGGUGGGAGGCUGCCUCGAGGUCGGAGCCACCUGUGUCCUGCGAGCCAAGUUCUCUGCCUCCCAGUUCUGGGAUGACUGCCGCCGUUACAACGUCACUGUCAUCCAGUAUGUGGGUGAGCUCAUGCGCUACCUCUGCAACUCACCCAAGCGUGCCAAUGACCGGGAGCAUGGCGUGCGUUUGGCAAUAGGCAACGGCUUGCGGGCAGUGGUGUGGAAAGAGUUCCUCCAGCGCUUCGGCCCCAUCUCCAUCAGCGAAUUUUAUGGGGCCACUGAAGGCAACGCUGGCUUCAUCAACUACACCGGCAAGAUCGGGGCCGUGGGAAGGGCCAACGUGUUCCUCAAGGCUUUUGCUUCCUUUGAGCUGAUCAAGUACAACGUGGAGCAGGAUGAACCUGUACGCAAUGAAGAUGGAUUCUGCAUCCGUGUCCGCCCUGGUGAGACAGGGCUGCUGGUCAUCAAAAUCACCUCAAGCACCCCUUUCCAUGGCUACGCGGGCGAUUCCCAGAAGACAGAAAAGAAGAUCUUGAGAGAUGUCUUUGUGAAAGGUGAUGCCUUCUUCAACAGUGGUGACCUCCUCAUGAUGGACCACGAAAAAUUCCUCUAUUUCCAGGACCGUGUUGGGGACACUUUCCGCUGGAAAGGUGAGAACGUGGCCACAACAGAGGUGGAAGCCACUCUGGCCAUGGUGGACUUCAUCCAGGAGGUUAAUGUCUAUGGGGUGUCUGUGCCAGGGUGUGAGGGGAAGUGUGGCAUGGCGGCUGUGCGCCUGAAACCCGGGCAGAGCUUUGAUGGUGAGAGCCUCUACGCCUUCACGAGGGACACGCUGCCCAUCUACGCUGCACCCCGCUUUGUGCGGAUCCAGAAUGUCCUGGAGAUCACCGGAACCUUCAAGCAAUGCAAGGGCAACCUUGUCAAAGAAGGCUUUGACCCCAACAUCAUUACAGACCCACUCUUCUUCCGUGAUGAGAAGAAGAAAUCCUACGUGCCCAUGAACCCCAACAUCUACGCCAACAUCCUGGAUGGGAGCCUCAACCUGUAGGAGGAGGAGCUCUGCCAUGGUUGAUCAUUUCACAGACAAAUUUGGGGGGAAAUCAUUUCUGACAGUGCCAGAGCAUGAUGAGGGUGACAGGUUGGUUUCAGCACUCAUCUUCAUAUAGAAAUUAAAGGCUUAAUUCCAGUAAUUUGGGUCGAACUGGAUGCCUGGAUGAUGAGAGGUAUUUUCUGGGCUCCAACCGAUGGUUUUCUGCUUCUGGAGGGGGCAAAUGGUGCCCCCAAACCCUCCCCACUGCCAGGAAGGCGCUCAGUGCCAGCCCUACAAACAUACCAUGCCCCCAAGACAGUCUGCUCUUCCAACAAAUACAGCACAGAACUGAUUUAUUUCCCUCCACCCAAUUUUCUGUUAGUUCAAGCACCUCAGUCAGCUCCAAGCUCCCCACAAACACAGGUUGACACACUCAUAAAUUAGCUCACCAAUUUGGUCGACUUCUCCCUAUAACAGUUUCCUGGUGAGCAAAUCCAACCGGGGAACGCCAUCCUUAAUCCUUGCCUCCAGAUGCGAGCUGUCCCCUUGAUUUUUUUCCAUAAAAACAAACAAAAAAAAAGGCAAAAG